AAUCACUUAACUUUGGCAAAGAAAAUUAUAGCUCCACUAAUUUUCAUUAAUUUUUCAAUUAUUUUCUAAAGUUUAAUAAAUUUCAUUUGCAAAUAUGGAUGAUGGAGAUUUCGAUAAUGAUGAUGUUGGCGGUGAUGAAUUCGAUGAUGUUGAUGAGGAAGACAAUAUCGAUGAUAUUAAUCAAGAGGAGGAAGUAGACAAUAUUGAAAUUAUAGCACCUGGAAAUGCUGGCGGCGGUGUACCAAAAUCGAAACGUAUCACAACCAAAUACAUGACAAAAUAUGAAAGAGCGCGUGUCUUGGGUACGCGAGCAUUGCAAAUUGCUAUGUGUGCUCCUAUAAUGGUGGAAUUGGAAGGUGAAACAGAUCCUUUGCAAAUUGCCAUGAAAGAAUUGAAACAGAAAAAGAUUCCCAUUAUUAUAAGACGAUUUUUACCCGAUCAUUCCUAUGAAGAUUGGAGUAUAGAUGAAUUAAUUAUUGUCGAUCAUUAAAUGUUGGGUGGAUCAAAAGUCGUCGCUUAGAUAUUAAGAUUAGUUUGUAUUUUAAAUAAAAAAAAAACUAAAAUUUUUAACGAA